ACACUGAGAGAGAGAGACAUCCUGCUGAAAACUUUCCCAUCACUCUGACUCCAGCUGCAGCCUCAGCCGGCUCCACAGCCUCUAUAACUAGAGCAGGACAGAACUACCACUGCAGACUGCAGGGCGCAACUGUAGGAGAAGAGGACAGAACUACUAGGAGCGGUAGAGAGGAACGGACUCACGGGGAAAUACACAUUCAGUAGGAAGCAGCAACACCUGGAACACAACUCUGUUCUGAGACUCCAAACAACCCUCUCACUGGAUCACUUUGAGCUUUGGCUUUUAUUUACAAUUGAGACGAUUUGGAAACAAAGAGUUGAGAAAAGUAAGUUGGACUGUAAGAGGCGUGUUGGAGAUCAGGAGGGAAGAGAAGGACAGUUUAGGACUUUGGAUCUCAGUCAUCUUGGGUUUUUUUUCCCCCUGUCCUCUCUGUUUUAACAGACCAUAAACCACCUGGAUUGACCUUUAACCACUCUUGGGUUUCUUCUUCAUUUUUUUUACCCCCUCCAGCCUGGAACCUUGGAGAGAGUUCUCUCUCUUCUGGGGGGGUCGGAGGACGAGACUGACCAGACGUACAGCGGGACAACUGACUUCGUCCCAAGAUGUUGUGUUCGAGGGGAUUCGUCCAGCAGUGGUGCUUCGCUGUGUUCUUACUGUGUUCCCCUGUUCCUCACUACGGACGGCCAAUCGAUGGGCUCGCCAACAGGAUGAAGCGCUCGGUGACCCACGCCCAGCUGAUGCACGAUAAGGGCCGGACGCUGCAGGAUUUCAAGCGUCGCAUGUGGCUCCAAGAGCUGCUGGAGGAGGUCCAUACGGCUGAGAUGAGGGAGCUGCCCGCCCGCCCGGUGGUCAGCAGCGGACUGGGGCUACCGGGUGCCGGGGUAGGGGUCAGCCUGGGAUUGGGCACUACUGGGGGUACCCUGCACCCCCACCCCAAACCUCCAGGGGGCACCAAAAACCUUCCCAUUAACUUCCAUAUGGAGGAGGAGGGAACCAACCUGCCGCAGGAGACCAACAAGUCCCAAACAUACAAAGACAAAGAGGGGGCGCGGAGGGCCAAGGAAGGGAAGAAAAAGAAAGGGAGGAAUGGGAAGAGGAGGGAGGGGGAGAGG